AUGACACAAUGCAAUACUGUAUCCACACCUAUGGAAUAUGGAUUAAAGUUGUCAAAGGAUGACACAGAAGAGUUUGUAGAUGAAGGUGUGUAUCGAAGCCUAGUAGGAAGUCUGAUGUAUCUUACCAAUACGAGACCAGACAUCAUGUUUACAGUAAGCAAAGUCAGUAGAUUUAUGGAAAAUCCAAGGAGGAGUCACUGGGAAGCAGCUAAACGAAUACUUAGAUACAUCAAAGGAACACAAAACCAAGGAAUUACCUACUCCAAAGGAGGAAAGAAAAUUCUUGUAGGUUUUUGUGAUAGUGACUAUGCAGGAGAUAUGGAUGAUAGCAAGAGCACCUCUUGGUAUAUAUUUCAUUUAGGUUCAGGUCCCAUCUCAUGGCAGUCAAAGAAACAAAAGGUAGUAGCUUUAUCUUCAACGGAAGCAGAAUACAUGGCAUUAUCGUUGGCAGGUUGUCAAGCUUUAUGGAUUAAGGGAAUUUGA